UCCUCCCCUCAAUACUCCCACUUGGCCCCGUUGACAUCAACACUCUCCCAGAUACACUCUCUCUCUCUCUCUACAAAACUUAUUAACUGGCGAUGCAAGGACUACGACGUUGUUCCAACGACGUCGUCCGGUUCGACCUCACUCCUCCUCCUCCUCCUCCAACUAGCACCGCCACCAACUCCUCUUCUGCUUCUUCCUCCUCUUCCUCUUCUUCCUCUUCUCUAUCCAUCGACGCCGCUGAAUCCGCCGAGACGCGAAUCCAACGCCUUAUAUCGGAACAUCCGGUCAUCAUAUUCUCUCGAUCCUCUUGUUGCAUGUGCCACGUCAUGAAGAAGCUACUCGCCACCGUCGGUGUUCAUCCCACCGUCAUCGAGUUAGAUGACAACGAGAUCUCCGCUCUUCCGCCACCACCUCCCUCUCACGACAGCGACUCGCCUCGCAAUCUCGUUCCCGCCCUCUUCAUUGGCGGAACCUGCGUUGGUGGCCUCGAGUCUCUCGUCGCUCUCCACCUCAGCAACCACCUCGUCCCCAAACUCGUCGAAGUUGGCGCUCUGUGGGUAUGAUAUUCUAUAUCAUAUGAUAUAUCAUCUUCAUCAUAAAAUAUACAACUUAAAAAAGCCAAAAAGAAGAUCGAAAAUAUGUAAUUUAAUGUUAGAUUUGGGAUUUUCUCUAUUACUGUAAGUGGAGAUAAAUUGGCUAGGCAGGAAUAACUUUUCUGUUUAAUUAUUAUCUUGUUCACUAUUUGAUGGUCAAAUACUGAAAGAUAGAGAUGGGCCAUUUGAUUAAUUAGUAGUAGUAGAAGAAGAAGAAGAUGAAGACGAAGAAGAAGAAGAAGAAGAAAAGUGUCCAUGAUUAUGCCCUAGUAUGCUUGUUUAAUUAUCUGUUUUUAAUUCCAUUAGAGAUCAUCAAUUAAAAUUAAAUUAUGAAUAGAUUUUGUUGUUAUUGGGGAUUGAAAUUGAUCUGGUUAGACUAGAAGAAAGAAAGAAAGAAUCAAAGUAGAAGGUGGGGUCCAAUCCAAGACCAAUAAUUGAGCAAUCAAAGCCGUUGGAUGUAUUUGAUUUUUUUUUCUCUGGGUUUGUUUUUGUGUUGGCUUGGUGGGCAGAGUUGUUAAAUGGUUAAGUAUAGAUUGAUUUUAGGUAAGGGUAAAGAAAAAAUUUUUGGGAGCAUUUGAUGACAAUGACGAGGUUGAGUGGCACUGUCAGAUGUUCUGAUAAAAUUCUUUGCAAUUAUUGCAAAGGUAAUCUUCUAAAA